AUGGCCGAGGACGGCAUUGCUGCUGGAGGUGUAAUGGACGUUAAUACCGCUUUACAAGAGGUGCUAAAGACAGCCCUCAUCCACGAUGGCCUAGCACGUGGAAUCCGCGAAGCUGCCAAAGCCUUAGACAAGCGCCAAGCCCAUCUAUGUGUCCUUGCAUCCAACUGUAAUGAGCCUAUGCCUCAUGGCUGUAUCCUCAUUCCUUUCCAGGACACUGGGGUUGGGAAAUCAAGCAUCGUGUGCCGAUUUGUCCAGGAUCACUUUGACCACAACAUCAGCCCGACUAUUGGGGCAUCUUUUAUGACCAAAACUGUGCCUUGUGGUAAUGAACUUCAUAAGUUCCUCAUCUGGGACACUGCUGGACAGGAACGGUUUCAUUCCCUGGCUCCCAUGUACUAUCGUGGAUCUGCUGCAGCUGUCAUUGUAUAUGAUAUAACCAAACAGGAUUCAUUUCAUACCCUGAAAAAAUGGGUUAAGGAACUGAAAGAACAUGGUCCAGAAAACAUUGUAAUGGCUAUUGCUGGAAACAAAUGUGAUCUUUCAGAUAUUAGGGAGGUUCCCUUGAAGGAUGCUAAGGAGUAUGCAGAAUCCAUAGGUGCCAUCGUGGUGGAGACAAGUGCCAAGAAUGCUAUUAAUAUUGAGGAGCUCUUUCAAGGAAUCAGUCACCAGAUCCCACCCUUGGAUCCCCAUGAAAAUGGAAGCGCUGGAGCAAUCAAGCUCGGGAAGCAGACUGCACAGGGCAGCCAUCGAUGCUGCUGA